AGUCAGUGACUUUGGGAGAGGAUUACGCAGUUAACAGAAUAUUAUUUUAAUGGUUGUAACUGUCCGAAUUUGAACUUGUAUACAUUGUUAUGCCAUUUGAAGAGUCGUUGUGAAGAAUACAAACAUAAAUCGCCUACUGUCCUCUGGAGAUCUCUACUGUAUGCAACUCCUGCCUGCAGGAGCAAGACAAGAUGGUCCAUAAAAGUGGACAAACAGAGUGGUGUUUGCUGUACCUGUUGUUGGUCUCCACGUUCCCCGUGCUCAGUGCCGAGUAUGCCAACUGCGGGGAGAACGAGUUCUUCAAUCAGACGAGCUGCCAGCCGUGCCCUCCGUGCCAGCCUGGACAGGAGCCCUACAUGAACUGUGGUUAUGGCAUCAAGGACGAGGACUAUGACUGUGUUCCGUGCCCGACGGGGAAGUUCUCCAAGGGCAAGUACGAGAUCUGCCGGAGACACAAGGACUGCGACGCUCUGUACCGCGCCACAGUGAUGAUCCCCGGGACGCCAGAGAGCGAUGCGGAGUGUGGGCCCUGCCUACCGGGGUACUACAUCUUGGAGAGCAGACCACGGAACAUCUAUGGGAUGGUGUGUCAUUCCUGUCAGAAUGCCCCGAAGAACACUAAAGAGUGCAAGCGCACAACCAAACCACCACAGGGUCCCGUCGUGUCGAGUAGUACCACCAUAUUCCCACACCCAGAGAAAGAUCCAACUGGGCAGGGUCACCUAGCAACAGCCCUCAUCAUUGCCAUGUCAACCAUCUUCAUCAUGGCCAUCGCCAUAGUGCUGAUCAUCAUGUUCUAUAUCCUCAAAGCCAAGCCCAGUGGACAAGCCUGCUGCUCGGGCCAGAUGGUGAAAACUGUGGAGGCUCAGACAAACAAACAGGAGGAGAAGAAGGAAGUCCAAGAAAAUGUUGUCAUAUUUUCAGAAAAGGAUGAAUUUGACAAGCUCAAACCUACUCCUCCUAAGACCGUGAAAAGUGAGAACGACGCCUCGUCGGAGAACGAGCAGCUGUUGAGCCGGAGCAUCGACAGUGACGAGGAGGCGGCCCAGGAGAAGCAGGGCGCGUCUGACCUCUGCCUGCUCUCGCUGGUGCACCUCACCCGGGAAAAGACCUGCUCGGCCACCACCAUCUGCAACAACAACAACAACAACAAGGCCACCGGGAUUCAGAGUCGAAGGAAAAAAAUCUUGGAUCUCUACACAAAGGCCUGCAGUGUUGCUGAGGGUCUGAGCCCCACGGAGCUGCCCUUCGACUGCCUGGAGAAGACCAGCCGCAUGCUCAGCUCCACCUACAACACGGACAAGGCGGUGGUGAAGACGUGGCGCCACCUGGCCGAGAGCUUCGGCCUGAAGCGCGACGAGAUCGGCGGCAUGACGGACGGCAUGCAGCUGUUCGACCGCAUCAGCACGGCCGGCUACAGCAUCCCCGACCUGCUCACCAAGCUGGUGCAGAUCGAGCGGCUGGACGCCGUGGAGUCCCUGUGCAUAGACCUGCUCGGCGGCCUGGAGGGGGGGGUGCCCCACAGUCCCGUGGGCCCCGCACUGACGUCUCGCUGUGCCAGCGUUUAAAGCACCUCCUCUUGCCCCCACCGAACCCCCCCCCCCCUACCCCCCCCUGCCCCCCCCCCACCUCUUUAACAGCUCCGCUUCACAUGAAGAAUACCAGCAGGCCUCCCUGGCAGAGACACAGAGGGACAGGCGUGCAUACGGAGCCUCGUCCCUCACACGUUGCCUGCCUGUUGUUUUCCCUCUCUGACUCUCACAGGCUGGAACCAACAGCACGUUACUGAACUCAUUAAAAGGACUAAGAACAGCCUGGGCCUGAGAUGAAUAAUGAAGUCCAGUUUUGGAUUUUUUGUUUUGUUUUUUUUUUGUUAAUUUUAUUUUUUUUUUAUUUAGAAUUUUUCUUGUUUUACUUUUGUAAAAGUUGUCAGUUGUUGCUUUUUCUCUUGUUUUAGUUGUUUUAUGUCUCCCACAAACCACAAGUUGGUUUCCAUUAUCCUCACGAUUGGGUGAAAGAACAGGCAAACAACAAAAUGCCCUGCAAACUCUGCGCAGGAUGCUCCAGUGAAGUGGUUGAGUUUCAACCAGGCAGUGUUGCAUGUCCUUUUGAUCAUUUCACAGGGUUCAGAGGAAAGAAGUCUCUAAAAACGGCUUUUUAUAUAUAAUGGAAGUGCCACAAGUUACAUGUUGCACAUAGUGCCAAGACCACCACCACGGCCCUGUCCUGCCCAGUGUAACUGUCUUUCUCAUAAGCUUUUACCGUUAGAGGUCUGUUAGCUUCACAUGAAGGUGUAUCAGCUUCUUCUUGGUCUCGCUCACACCCUCUCCUUCCCAAAGCGAGACGGUUAUUAUAAGUCUACCAGAUGUCUAUGCACAUAGAACUCUUUAACGUUACAUUUAUGUGGCCAAGUACGCAGUUGUCUCACUUCGCUGUUAUUCGUGGGUUUAGGGCCUCGUCAUAAAGUGCUUGACUGAUGGCGGGGAGGCGAGAUGGAGAGGCAGAACCCCCCCUCGUAGGCCUGAGCCUUCACCUCCUGUGGUUUGUUGCCGCUGCUGCUUAUAAUUGGCCGAAAUUGGUGGUUUACAAAGUGCCUGUGAUUUCCAGCACCCAAUUAACUAAUAAGACCAAAUGGAAAAGCCAUAAAAGUGGCCAAUAUAACAAAAAGGCAGCCGCUGAAGCACUUAACCGAGUGAAUCGGGCAAGACGACGACGUGGCCUGAGGACCAGUGUACUAGCUCACUUUUAUACCUUCGAGGCAGUGAAUUCUAAAUAAGCUGUAAAUGACAAGUGUUCUUAACUUCGAGCAGUAUGUUGGAACAUAGUCGUGCCCUGUUUGAGAACGGUUUCAUUUUUUGUUUUUAUUGGUCUGUUGUUUGCUCCAAGCAUGAUAGAGAAGUCCCGUUGUAUUGCAUAUUCUUCAUGAUCAGACAAUCCUUAGAAUUUCGCAAAUUCAGUUGAAUUUGUUGUGAUUCUUACUUUGUAUCCAUAAUGAAAAUGUUAAUUGUAUGACUAUAAUUCCAUCACACAAUUUAGUAACAUAACUGUUAGCUAGUAUGUGUUAUAAACAGAAAUUUGGCUUCGUCGUGACUAGAAAAAAAAAAUGUGUGAAUGGGUGGCCAUUGUCUUUGGAGCGCUGUGUUUACACAGCUAAGACCCAGUUUUCAGGUGUUACCAAAACAUUUAUUUCAACAGGAGCAGGACUCCGGUGGUGUUAAGGAACUGAUAUGCAUGUACAAUCUUUAGCUUUUUAAUUAAUAUGUAUUCACUGCCAAAUAUUUCUUGUUUCACCAUGUAAAAGAGGACUGAACAUUUAUCAGUGAAUGACAGAAAGUUGGUUGUGCUUGGUUAAUGUGUACAUAACAGGUUCACUUACCUCAACAUAUUUUUUCUUACAGAGUAGAUUUUAAGACAUACAGAAGCAAAACAAUACCAGAUGUACAAUACAAAAUGUAAGUGUAUAUAUAACUUAUUACUGUACAUAUGCAUCGCAAUAAAGAAG